UAUAUUUUUCAAAGUCGCAUCAUGAUCUGUAUGCCAGCUCUAAACUUGUUUUUGUACAAUGGCCUGUUGGUCUACAUAGCCAGAGAGGUGAAGCGCGUGGUCAGCGCUCCAUCGUCCAAUAUCAGUGGUUGGCGUCGAAUCCCCAUUAUCGGGAGAGUCUUUGCUCCUCAGCAGGCGAACCCUGCAGAAGAUGUGACGGAUUCCCCUGAGUUUAGCGACUUUCUGUGGUGCGUCAACCUAUAUGUGAACUUCCUGCUCCUUCUGCCAGUAUUCUUAAAGGUUCAUAACUUCAGCCUGCUGGUGGCCAUGGUUCUCAUGUGGAACUUCUACGUGUACCAGCGUCUGUUCGCUUUUUACCUGAGGCUGGUGUGGCACUUGUGGUGGAGUGAUCUUUGCUGGGCCUAUUACGCUCCUCUGGCUAUCCUUGGAUUCCUUAUGAGCUCAAUGCACUUGGGUCUGAUCGUCGGAACAAUGAAUCUGCAGACGAAGCGUCCCGAAGUCUCCUUGCGCCAGUCUUUACCACUGUCGGAGUAUCCUUCCCCAGAGCUGCCGCUACACAGAGCGGAGUCCGUCGAGUCGAUUGGCGAUGGCCCAAAACAUUGAGUUCUGAGCACAGGUUCAGGCGCCUUUAACUGGGCCGCCAUCAGUCAGGGGCUUAACCUUGCCGCAUCUACAAAUACUGGGUCGUUGGUUCAACUAAUAAAUAUGCCAGAAAACACCAGACACACAGAUACAGAUACCCGGCACGGCACGCACACACCCAAGCACCCCAAGCACACCCGCACACCAGGACAUGUACAAAUGAAUCGCAGCUGAGGGCUGGCCGAGCAUCGGGAAAUAAAACCAUUAAAUAUUUGCGGUUAAACGCACC